AACCAAUUUUGCUAAAUUCUCGUGAAUCAAAGUAAGAAUAAGAUUGCAAAGGAGCAAGCGACUUGGGAGAUUCUAGUCAACCAGGGCUAGAAGAGAAGUUUCAGAUUUGGUUCCUAGCCUUCUGGGAUCACCUUACAGUGACAGCGGCUACAUUAAAAUUUGUGUCUAAAAUUGCCGGAAGCCCGAGGCUUAUCAAACCACCUCACGCUGUACCUAAAAAUCUAAAGUUUGUAGUUUCCAGUCAUUGCUUCAGUUUUCUCACCAACAAUAUUUCCAAGAAAUCUUUGGAAUUCUUGCCAAAUAUGAUGACCAAUUCCUCUGUUCGUUGCGCCUCGCCUUUGCAUCAUCACUCGCUCUCAUCUCGCUCCUCGCUUGCCUUCUUCAAUCGCUUCAUAUCGACGAAAUCUAUUCUCUCCGGCGAAACUAGGAACCUAAGACUCGUCACGGUUCGGUCGCAGACAUCCGGUUCGGAUCAUGGGUCGCCAGCCCAAAGAUCGGUUGGCUUCACAGAGUCUCCACCCUCAGUCGGGAUCCCCAACUCCUCCUCCUCUUUGAUUGAUUUUCUUACAUUGUGCAGACGGCUUAAGACCACAAAAAGGAAAGGAUGGGUCAAUCAUGGCAUAAGGGGUGCUGAAUCAAUUGCUGACCACAUGUAUCGCAUGGCUAUAAUGGCUUUGAUUGCUGCUGACCUGCCUGGAUUGAACAGAGAAAGAUGUAUUAAACUAGCACUAGUGCAUGAUAUUGCUGAAGCUAUUGUUGGAGAUAUAACACCAUCUGAUGGUGUGCCCAAGGAAGAAAAGAGCAGAAGGGAGCAGGCAGCUUUGAAUGAAAUGUGUGAAAUUCUUGGUGGAGGAAUGAGAGCUGAAGAGAUUAAAGAACUUUGGGCAGAGUAUGAACACAAUUCCUCUUUAGAGGCCAAUCUUGUUAAAGAUUUUGACAAAGUUGAAAUGAUUCUGCAAGCUUUGGAAUAUGAAAUUGAACAUGGGAAGGUGCUGGAUGAAUUUUUCAUUUCAACAGCAGGAAAGUUUCAGACCGAAAUAGGAAAAAGUUGGGCAGCUGAGAUCUUUUUUAGAAGAAAAUCUAUAUCGGCACAAAGGUUGAGGUGAUAAUUCCUUUUAGGUUAUGUAGUUUUGGAGUUUCGACUUGAUCUUUCUGUACUUGAUUUCUUUUGAGUUUGACCCUGUUUUCUAAUAAAUUAAAAUCCACCCCCUUCACCUUUUUCCCCCCCUAAUUUUAUGCUUUAUAAAUUAUUAACAAUUUCAAUGUUUUUGUUUUU